UUGUCAACCGUAAUCGCGAACAUCAUGAAUAAGGUGAUUUUGCUUACUUGUGUGGCCCUGUCCGUGGUUGGCUAUCUAGCCGCCCCGGCCAGCGGUGCUCCUCAGUACAAGGAUCACUCGAACGAGCAUCACGAGGUGAAGCACGGAGAUGCUCAACGUCACGAGGAGCAACAGAAGAAGCAGAUCGCGCACGACCAACACCCCCAGGUGCACGACCAACACCGUCAAGUGCACGACCAACGUCCCCAGGUGCAUGAUCAACGCCCCCAGGUGCACGACCAACGUCCCCAGGUGCACAACCAACGUCCCCAGGUGCAUGAUCAACGACCCAAGGUUCACGAGUCCGGAGAAAAGCACGACGGUAACGUACAUGUGAAGCAUAGGCGUGAUGUGAAGCUGACCGAGGAGGAACAGAAGAAGAAGCCCGCGAGCGGUCAGCAGCAACCCCAGGUGCACGACCAGCACCCCAAGGUGCAAGAUCAACGUCCCAAGGUGCACGAAGCCGCUGAAAAGCACGACGAUAAGCCACAUGUGAAGCAUACGCGUGAUGUGAAGCUGACCGAGGAGGAACAGAAGAAGAAGCCGGCGAACGAUCAGCAGCACCACCAGGUGCAUGAUCAACUCCCCAAGGUGCACGAAGCUGCUGAAAAGCACGACGAUAAGACACAUGUGAAGCAUACGCGUGAUGUGAAGCUGACCGAAGAAGAACAGAAGAAGAAGGCUGCGAAUGAGGCCGGUGAAAAGCACGACGAAAAGCUGCCCCAUUCUCGACCACCGACGAGAAGGCGUUACAAGAACUCGAGCAGUACUACAGCCACCCCAGGAAACAGCGCCACUGGAUCGACUACCACUAAGUCUAACGUGCCUUCCGGAAACCGUGCCCCCUAUAAACCAUCCUCGGCGACCUCCGUAUCAGGAUCUUCCAGCACAUCGAGCCCAGCUUCAGCUGUUGGAACAUCUUCGGCCGCCACUCCUGCGGUGCCCGCGGCUUCCCCGUCUGGAGCCUCCAGUACCACGGUGAGGGCCUCAGCUGGAGUGUCUACCUCAUCGACCGCCGCACCAUCGGUGUCCACCAGCGCUGCACCGCUUCCGGCCCUUCUCGGUUAA